CACCUUUCAAAGAAAAAAAGAAAAGAAAAGAAAUAUACAACUCAAUUUCCGCUGUAAAAACAAUUGGCCAACUACGAACCUUUAAUCGGAUUCGGAUCUCCGAAAAUGGGUGUGCAGCAGAUGGACCCUUUAGCUCAAUUGAGCUUACCUCCAGGUUUCCGGUUUUACCCCACUGAUGAAGAACUUCUGGUUCAGUAUCUCUGUCGGAAAGUCGCCGGUCAGCAGUUUUCUCUUCAGAUUAUUGCGGAGAUAGAUCUGUACAAGUUUGACCCGUGGGUUUUACCCAGUAAAGCCAUAUUCGGCGAGAAGGAGUGGUAUUUUUUCAGUCCCAGAGAUCGGAAAUACCCAAACGGGUCCCGACCCAAUAGAGUUGCCGGGUCCGGGUACUGGAAGGCGACGGGUACUGACAAGAUCAUCACGACGGAGGGACGGAGAGUUGGUAUCAAGAAAGCUCUAGUCUUUUAUGUCGGCAAAGCUCCGAAAGGAACCAAAACGAAUUGGAUUAUGCACGAGUAUCGACUCAUUGAGUCGUCUCGUAAAAAUGGAAGCUCCAAGUUAGAUGAUUGGGUUCUGUGUCGCAUAUACAAGAAGAACGCGAGUUCUCAAAAGCCUAUGCUGUCGAAUAUUUCGAGCAAGGAGUACAGUAACAAUGGCUCGUCGUCUUCGUCUUCUUCCCAUCUAGACGACGUGCUCGAAUCAUUGCCGGCGAUCGACGACCGUUUCUUCUCCAUCCCACGCAUCAACUCUCUGAGAACUCUCCAACAAGAUGACAUCAAAACAGGGGUGAUUCCCAACCUGGGUACGGGAAAUUUCGAUUGGGCGAGUCUCGCAGGGCUCAACUCAGUGUCGUCUGUGGUCCCGAGUGACCACACUCAGAGUCAGUGUAUCCCGAGUUACACCGACACCGACGUGUUUGUUCCCUCGUUGCCGCCUAUUUCCCAUGUGAACAAACUCUGCAACGCAGUGGAUGAGGAGGUACAAAGUGGAUUCAGAUCUCAAAGAAUCGAUAACUCGGGUUUCCUGCAGCCGAACUCGAACGCUUUAUCUCAGAAUUUCACGAACUCGGUAGACCCAUUCGGGUUCCGGUACCCGACUCAGCCGGCGAUGUUCGAGUUCAGGCAGUAAGGAAAAAGAGGGGAGUAAGCAGCGGGGUAUUUGUGUAAAUAUCUGGAAUUCUUUGGGCUAACUUUUGGGUUUGGUCGUGAAAUUCCAAAAAAGGCCAUGGAGGACUUUUUUCCUGGGUAGGGACUUGAAUAGAUGCAAUGUAUACAGAGGGGUAAAAAGGUAAAAGAAGAAAAUCCUGUAGAA